UCCGCGUCGCGGGGCGCUCAGCGGCGGCAAGAUGGCGGCGCAACAGCAGUGUCGGGAGGGCGUUACGCCGUUGGCGCGGCCGGCGGCGGAGGCGGACCCCCUGGGCCGCUUCACGUGUCCCGUGUGCCUGGAGGUGUACGACAAGCCGGUGCAGGUGCCCUGCGGACACGUCUUUUGCUCUGCAUGCCUGCAGGAAUGUCUGAAGCCGAAGAAACCUCUCUGUGGUGUGUGUCGCAGCGCUCUGGCACCUGGCGUCCGAGCUGUGGAGCUCGAGCGGCAGAUCGAGAGCACAGAGACUUCUUGCCAUGGCUGCCGUAAGAAUUUCUUCCUGUCUAAAAUCCGGGCCCAUGUGGCUACCUGUUCCAAAUACCAGAAUUACAUCAUGGAAGGUGUGAAGGCCACCACUAAGGAUGCAUCCCUUCAGCCCAGGAGCAUCCCAAACCGAUACACCUUUCCCUGUCCUUACUGCCCCGAGAAGAACUUUGACCAGGAAGGGCUGGUGGAGCACUGCAGGCUGUCCCAUAGCACGGACACCAAACCUGUGGUCUGCCCCAUCUGUGCCUCCAUGCCCUGGGGGGACCCCAGCUACCGCAGCGCCAACUUCAUUCAGCACAUCCAGCGCCGGCACCAGUUUUCUUACGACACGUUUGUGGAUUAUGAUGUGGAUGAAGAGGACAUGAUAAACCAGGUCUUGCAGCGCUCCCUCGUGGAUCAGUAGCAGGUCCUUGCCAUCUGUCUCGUGUUGUAGAGCUUCCACUGCGUGCUGAGUGUAGACCUCUGAAUCCUACCCCUUCCCUACGACACACCUGGGACAAGCCGGGCCGUGGGACAGGGCGUUGCUGGCGGGAAGGGGGUCCCCAGGCUGGAGCCCCUGUCCUCGGGGGCUCUUGCCAGGCUGUCUUCCCACAGUGAGCCCCCUUGUCACAUGGCCUCAUCUUACUGGUCCUCAGCUGCUUCCUGGAACUUGUGCCUCCUGUUCUGUAGAAUAAUCCAGCUUUUACCUCCACAUGUUCUUGUUUCCCGUGUGUUCACCCGAUGUUCAUCUCUUAGGUCCUCUGAGCCAGCCAGGACCUUCUCUUGGUCGUGAAUAGCACAACAAAACAAGUGUCCCCUGUCUCAUCCCUGGGUGUGUGAACCCGGCCGUGGCACAGCACGGCAGACGGGCGGAACUUCCCAGGGGGGUCUUUGGGAGCAGCCAGAAAGCUUGUGAACAGCCCUCCGGGAUGAGCAUUUCUGGGUUUCUUGCAGUCUGAUGCUGGAAGCUUUGAUUAAUUGGCCUGUGCUG